AUGAAUUUCUUGGACGACUACAAGCGCGAAGCCGGCCUGCAGCCGGCCACCAGCCUGUCUCGCCGCGGUGCAGAGCCCGGCGCCAGUCUUGACCCGAACGUGCCGACGGCGGAGGAGGAGCUGCUCUCCGGCGAGGAGAGGCAGGCGGCCAUCUACGCGCGGCUGAUGGCGGAGAUGGAGGCGGACUGCGACGGGGGCGACGGCGUGGCGUGCGAGGAGCUCUCAAAGGAGGAGGAGGCCAAGGCGGCGGCAGCGCCCGAUACGCCGGCGAGGGGCCCGAACCUGCCGACGGCGGAGGAGGAGGAGUCGAAGCGCGUCGCGGCCGAGGCGGCCGCAGGGCGGUACAAGGCAGAGGUGGCCAAGCUGCAGGCGCGGGCGGAGGCGGUGCCGGCGCCACUGCCAGCUGAGCGGCAGCUGCUCGCCGAGGAGAACGACGUGCAACAGCCCGCGCCGGCUGCUCAGACCCUCGAAGAGCGGGCCCUCGCCUACCUGCGAAAAGUCACCGGCACCGGCACCGGCGCAGCGCCCGCGCCGGAGGCGACUCGCGAUGCCGCCCCCGCAGCAAUUUCGGACGCCGCCACGCGCGAUUCGUCUCCGUCUGCACUCCCGGCCACUGCCACGCGCGUCUCCGUGUACGAGGCCGAGGGUCCGCCGCAGCGGCGGGCUGACACGGAGGAGGCGGCGCGGCGGUGGGCGGCGGCGCAAACGCGGGCGCAGGCACAGACGCGGGCGCAGGCGCGGGCACAGGCGCAGGCGGCGCGGCCGGCGGCCGGAUUGGUUGAAGGGUCUCUGUUGGGUUGGAGGAAGCUCCUGCGGAAGGCAGACGAGGCGCUGGCGACGGUCGCGCGGCUGGAGGAGGAGUGCGGUUUGGGCGACGAGGUGGCGUGCGAGGCGCUCUCCAAGGAGGAGGAGACCAGGGCGGCGUACGCUUGGGUCGAGACGGCACAGGCCGGGGCGAGGGCGGAGGAGCAGGCGAGGGUCGCUGCGGAGGAAGAGGCGAGGGUCGCUGUGGAGCGUGCGGCGGAGGAGGCGCACGCUCGCGCAGCAGCCGAGGAGGGUGAUCGGGCCAGCGCUGCGGCUGAGGUGUCGGCGCUUGUGGAGGCCGCGGCGGAGGAGGCGACGCGGGAGGCUGCGCGGGCCAGGGCCGCGGCUGACGAGGCUGCUCGCGCAACGGCGGAGGCGGAGGGGGCGGCGCGCGCCACGGCGGCUGCCGACGAGGCGGAGCGCGCGGGGGGGCUGGCUCUCACGCCCGACUUGCUCGGCGGCGCCGACCUCUCCGUGUCGAUCCGCGAGGCCCCGGGCAAGGGGUUCGGCGCCUUCGCGACGCGCCCGAUCGGGGCGCACGCGACGGUCGGCGACUACACGGGCGAGCUUCUGUCUGCAGCCCGGCACAAGGCGCGAUACGGUGGGGAAAGAGAGGGAUGGUCGGACGAGGACGAGGCGUGGCUGGCCUCGCGGCGCGCGCGGGGCGUGAGCGCCACCGGCGACUAUGUGGUCCGGGUGCACGACGACUUGUUUGUGGAUGCAGAGGACCCGGCCGUGAGCAGCUGGUGCCGCUUCGUCAACCACGAUGCGAGGCCCAAUCUAGCGCUCAAGGUGCUGCCAAAGGGAGUGGGCGGCGCGCCGCGCGUGUGGCUCGUGGCCAUGCACGCCGUGGCAGAGGGCGAGGAGCUCUGCUUCGACUACGGGCCCGACUUCUGGUCGGAGGACGAUGGCGUCGAGACCAGGCACGGCCAGCGGGUGGAGGUGUCGCUGCCCGCGGCGCCGUGGUCGGAGCUGGCCGCCGCCAGCGCCGCCGCAGGCGGCAGGCCGGCAGCCGCCAGCGCGAGCGGUCGCACUUCGGUGGACAGCGAGACCCGCGACGCGGCGCCGCCGGUGUUGCGAGACCCGCGGCCGCCAGCUCGAGACUGUCCCUCUCCAGCCUCUCCCACCGUGCCGGCCGCUGCCCCCGCCACGCCAGCCGCCGCCGCUGCGCCGACCACCACUCCCGUCACUACGGAGGACGACACGGGCAAGGCGGAGUGGAAGCGCCUCCUCGCCGAGGCGCAGCAGCGCACCCGGGACCCAGCGGCGCCAGCCUCGCCGCUCCCUCCUCCGCCGCCGCAGCCGCUGCACUUAGCGAGGCCGCCCCCGUCCGCGGCUGCCGUCCCUGUCGCCGCCGCGCCCGUCGCUGCGCCACCCGUCGCCACACCGCCCGCCAAGGCGCCGCCGGCCAGAUCCGGCCAGGCGCCGGCGAGGGACCCGAACGUGCCGACGGCGGAGGAGGAGCUGCUCUCUGGCGAGGAGAGGCAGGCGGCCAUCUACGCGCGGCUGAUGGUAGAGAUGGAGGCGGACUGCGACGGGGGCGACGGCGUGGCGUGCGAGGAGCUCUCAAAGGAGGAGGAGGCCAAGGCGGCGUGGAUCGCCUCGGCCAACGCCGCCGAGGGCCAGGCGCAGCGCGCGGCACCGCCCUCCGCGCCCGCCGCUGCGGCGCCAUCUGCGCCGACGGGUACGCCGGCGAGGGACCCGAACGUGCCGACGGCGGAGGAGGAGCUGCUGUCGGGCGAGGAGAGGCAGGCGGCCAUCUACGCGCGGCUGAUGGCGGAGAUGGAGGCGGACUGCGACGGGGGCGACGGCGUGGCGUGCGAGGAGCUCUCAAAGGAGGAGGAGGCCAAGGCGGCGGCAGCGCCCGAUACGCCGGCGAGGGGCCCGAACCUGCCGACGGCGGAGGAGGAGGAGUCGAAGCGCGUCGCGGCCGAGGCGGCCGCAGGGCGGUACAAGGCAGAGGUGGCCAAGCUGCAGGCGCGGGCGGAGGCGGUGCCGGCGCCACUGCCAGCUGAGCGGCAGCUGCUCGCCGAGGAGAACGACGUGCAACAGCCCGCGCCGGCUGCUCAGACCCUCGAAGAGCGGGCCCUCGCCUACCUGCGAAAAGUCACCGGCACCGGCACCGGCGCAGCGCCCGCGCCGGAGGCGACUCGCGAUGCCGCCCCCGCAGCAAUUUCGGACGCCGCCACGCGCGAUUCGUCUCCGUCUGCACUCCCGGCCACUGCCACGCGCGUCUCCGUGUACGAGGCCGAGGGUCCGCCGCAGCGGCGGGCUGACACGGAGGAGGCGGCGCGGCGGUGGGCGGCGGCGCAAACGCGGGCGCAGGCACAGACGCGGGCGCAGGCGCGGGCACAGGCGCAGGCGGCGCGGCCGGCGGCCGGAUUGGUUGAAGGGUCUCUGUUGGGUUGGAGGAAGCUCCUGCGGAAGGCAGACGAGGCGCUGGCGACGGUCGCGCGGCUGGAGGAGGAGUGCGGUUUGGGCGACGAGGUGGCGUGCGAGGCGCUCUCCAAGGAGGAGGAGACCAGGGCGGCGUACGCUUGGGUCGAGACGGCACAGGCCGGGGCGAGGGCGGAGGAGCAGGCGAGGGUCGCUGCGGAGGAAGAGGCGAGGGUCGCUGUGGAGCGUGCGGCGGAGGAGGCGCACGCUCGCGCAGCAGCCGAGGAGGGUGAUCGGGCCAGCGCUGCGGCUGAGGUGUCGGCGCGUGUGGAGGCCGCGGCGGAGGAGGCGACGCGGGAGGCUGCGCGGGCCAGGGCCGCGGCUGACGAGGCUGCUCGCGCAACGGCGGAGGCGGAGGGGGCGGCGCGCGCCACGGCGGCUGCCGACGAGGCGGAGCGCGCGGGGGGGCUGGCUCUCACGCCCGACUUGCUCGGCGGCGCCGACCUCUCCGUGUCGAUCCGCGAGGCCCCGGGCAAGGGGUUCGGCGCCUUCGCGACGCGCCCGAUCGGGGCGCACGCGACGGUCGGCGACUACACGGGCGAGCUUCUGUCUGCAGCCCGGCACAAGGCGCGAUACGGUGGGGAAAGAGAGGGAUGGUCGGACGAGGACGAGGCGUGGCUGGCCUCGCGGCGCGCGCGGGGCGUGAGCGCCACCGGCGACUAUGUGGUCCGGGUGCACGACGACUUGUUUGUGGAUGCAGAGGACCCGGCCGUGAGCAGCUGGUGCCGCUUCGUCAACCACGAUGCGAGGCCCAAUCUAGCGCUCAAGGUGCUGCCAAAGGGAGUGGGCGGCGCGCCGCGCGUGUGGCUCGUGGCCAUGCACGCCGUGGCAGAGGGCGAGGAGCUCUGCUUCGACUACGGGCCCGACUUCUGGUCGGAGGACGAUGGCGUCGAGACCAGGCACGGCCAGCGGGUGGAGGUGUCGCUGCCCGCGGCGCCGUGGUCGGAGCUGGCCGCCGCCAGCGCCGCCGCAGGCGGCAGGCCGGCAGCCGCCAGCGCGAGCGGUCGCACUUCGGUGGACAGCGAGACCCGCGACGCGGCGCCGCCGGUGUUGCGAGACCCGCGGCCGCCAGCUCGAGACUGUCCCUCUCCAGCCUCUCCCACCGUGCCGGCCGCUGCCCCCGCCACGCCAGCCGCCGCCGCUGCGCCGACCACCACUCCCGUCACUACGGAGGACGACACGGGCAAGGCGGAGUGGAAGCGCCUCCUCGCCGAGGCGCAGCAGCGCACCCGGGACCCAGCGGCGCCAGCCUCGCCGCUCCCUCCUCCGCCGCCGCAGCCGCUGCACUUAGCGAGGCCGCCCCCGUCCGCGGCUGCCGUCCCUGUCGCCGCCGCGCCCGUCGCUGCGCCACCCGUCGCCACACCGCCCGCCAAGGCGCCGCCGGCCAGAUCCGGCCAGGCGCCGGCGAGGGACCCGAACGUGCCGACGGCGGAGGAGGAGCUGCUCUCUGGCGAGGAGAGGCAGGCGGCCAUCUACGCGCGGCUGAUGGUAGAGAUGGAGGCGGACUGCGACGGGGGCGACGGCGUGGCGUGCGAGGAGCUCUCAAAGGAGGAGGAGGCCAAGGCGGCGUGGAUCGCCUCGGCCAACGCCGCCGAGGGCCAGGCGCAGCGCGCGGCACCGCCCUCCGCGCCCGCCGCUGCGGCGCCAUCUGCGCCGACGGGUACGCCGGCGAGGGACCCGAACCUGCCGACGGCGGAGGAGGAGCUGCUGUCGGGCGAGGAGAGGCAGGCGGCCAUCUACGCGCGGCUGAUGGCGGAGAUGGACAGUCAGUGAGGCCGUUGCACGUGCAGGGGGGCGCCGUGCGCGGGGUCGAGCGGGGGGCUGCCGCUCACGCGCACCUGGUGCGGAACGGUCUCUGUUGUCCUCCCAUCCCUCCACUUGGGUUCUCUCUAUGUUUUCUUUCGAUUUCUUUUGCGCACAAAGAAAACUUUACCACAAAAA